CUCUCUCUCUCUCUCUCUCUCUCUCUCUCCAAAUUUACCUUUUCACAGAUAUUUCAAUAGAAUCACAAACCAAUCUCAAAAAGGAACCCAAAAAUACAAUCUUUUUGCAAACCCCAGAUUCCCUUUUCACAGAAAUUUCAAUUGAAUCACAAAUCAAUCUCAAAAACUCAUUUUUUAAAAAAUUUAUUAACAAAAUGGACCUAAAAAUACAAUCUUUUUGCUAACCCCAAGAUUUCCCUUUUCACAAAAAUUUCAUCAAAUGGGAGAAGAGAGCACUUCAAAUGAUAACAAUGCAAAUAACAAUAACAAUGGAAGCAGCUAUGAGUCACCAGUUAUAUUGAAUGUGUAUGAUCUAACCCCUGCUAAUCAGUACACUGUUUGGUUUGGUUUUGGAAUCUUUCAUUCUGGUGUUGAAGGUGCUUUCUGCAGUUGUCUUCUUCCUGAGAGCCUCCAAGUGACAACUGUUAAACAGCUUCCUGAGUACCAUCUUUGUGCAGAAGAAGAUGAGAGUGGGUCAAUGUCAACUGCAACGCCGCACGAACCAACUGAAAGCGAGGAUGGUGAUCAAGAUAAGCAUUUGUUGUCACCUCCAGUUGGAAGUCGUGAAGUUGCUUUUAUAAGGGAGACCCCGAGGUCAAACGUGCUGCCUGAAUAAGAAGGCUGGAUUGAAGUAUUUCAGGCAUCCCGAUAAGUACAUUUGAUUUCCAGAAGGCUGUGGACAUGUCAAGCAUAGCCGCUGCUCAAAUUCCCCAUUUGCUAUAUAAAUUACUAGUUCAUUGAUUUUCAUGCCUUCUCCUUUUGGUUAUUAAGGUUUCCUUAGUAUGCUAGAUGUAGAAGUCAAAGUGCAGGAUUCUGCUCUGUAACUUAAGCGCGCCUUUGUUAGAGCUCAGAAAUAUUCGCGUAAACAUUCUUGAGCUUGGAAGUUGAAACAUCCCAGUGUUUGUGAAAAUUUGAGAUACUGGACAUCUAUUGAGAAUGUAAAGAUUCUAAGGAGGUAUUCUGAUGUCAUGUCAAUUUAUGAACUGUGAUUUUUCCAAUUUCA